AUGCAUCUGCCGAACUACAUCAAAGAAGCCUUCUCAGGUAUCCCGACCGCAACACCUAAUAAAACAUCCGUACAACCCACAAAGUACUAUGACGGUGGCGGUGGUGUACUGCUCUGGUACAGCAUAGCAGCCAGAAGCACCCCGAUGAUGGAUGCCUAUGCCAAGUCGGAAGUACUCAGCGAUAAGGACAGAAAGCCGCCAUACUACCGAGAGAUCCAUCCCCUCCGCAACCUCAAUCUCCCACUCCGGCCUCCUCCCCGGUAUAUAAACCGAGACCAUAUGCUUCAACUUGGAGGUCAUCACCAACGCAUCCCCAAAGUACACAUGCGCUCUCGACUUCCAGAUAUCCUGACCUCGCACGCUCAGAACAAUCUCUUCCCGCCCAUCGUCCCCGCCAGCCGCAUUACAGAAGUGGAUGUCGAACGUAUCCUUGAGCAUGUGCCGCUGCGGAACGAUGGUGGCUACUGGCCGGGGAUGGUCUUUCUCUUGGCUUCCCCGGUAGAUGGACAAGCCACGUCACGUCGCGUCGCUUCCGCGCGAUCUCGAAGAGCGGCAGGCCUGUUGCCUCUUGGAUGCGCCUCCGCUGGGCUGACGGAGGCCAAGUCGCGCCGUCUACGGUGA